GAGGCUCUCAUCAGGUCAAAGGCGGCGGCGAUGAUUCUGUCCCGAGGGGUUUCCUUCACGCCGGUGGCUAGGGCUUCCGACGAGGUUUUGCGACGAUACUUAGAGUUUCGCGGUCUCUCCUCAUCCAAUUGUCGGUCCAGCUCUUCUUGUGUGAGAUGCUCUUCCCUCAAAAGCAAAUCCCCACAAGAAAUCAUUGAGAAAGAAGAAGGGUUCUCGGUUUUGGGAUCAGAAAUCCCGUGGGAAGAGAAGAACGUGUGGAGCACAUUGGCUGUAUACAUCUUCUGCCUGCAUAUUCCCCUCAGUUUUGGGGGUUUAUCCAUCGUUGCCCACUUACUCAACCAGCGGCUUCUUGAUCCUCAGGCCCAAGCAGUGCACAACUCGGAAUUGGAGAAGAUAAUGGAGAGCGGAGAGGUGUCGAGAAGCGGGUGUGUGGUUCUCUACUGCGUCGUAGCUCCAAUCCUAGAGGAGAUUGUGUACAGACGCUUCCUACUGAGCUCAUUAGCGGCGAGAAUGGAGUGGAGGAAGGCGCUUGUGAUAAGCUCAGGAGUGUUUGCAGCAGCUCACUUCUCCGGGGAGGACUCGGUGCAGCUGUUUGGGAUAGGCUGCGUUUUAGGUGGAUGUUACAGCUGGUCGGGGAACUUAGCCUCGUCGGUGGUCGUCCACUCCCUCUACAACGCCUUGACACUCCUCCUUGCCUCUUAG